AUGUCAUUUGAUAGAACAAGUAGUAAAAGAAAUCUUCAAGAAUCUGGUUCGGCAUCUAGUGGAUGGCUUGGGAUAUGGGAAGGAAAUGAAGAAGAAGAAAAGGAUGGAGGAAAUAUAAAGAGAAAUGAAAGAGGCCAAAUUGGUGAUUGGAGCAGUUUUAUGAUCGCAAUGGAUGAUGAAGGUGGUAAAGAACUUCAACGAUCAAUGUCUACAAUGAAAUUUGAUCUCCCAAAACAACCACCACAACAAGAUAUAUUGGUGGUGAAUCGACAAAGAACUUCACAACCAACUCUUAAAACUAGCUCUGGUAUGCCACCACCACCAACUACUACUACUACUACUACUACUACUACUACACCAUUAAAAUUUUCUGGUAGUAUACCAAAAGAUUCAAAUAGUAAACAACAAUCUCCACCAACUUGUAAUUUAUCAACAACACCAACAUCACCUUCACAAUUGAAUAAUUUCUUUUUCAAACAAAAGCAAACAACAUCCAUUUCCAAUUCCAAUUCAAAAGAUUCAAAUAGUAAACUUCAAUAUCAAAGACAAGUGACUGGAUCAAAUUUGGCUGCCUCUAUUCAUUAUAAUAAUAAUAAUUCAUCCUCUUCAUCCUCUCCACAACCAAUCACUACUUUUGUUGAUUCACCCAGAGGGAGUGAUGAUUCUUCAACAACUCCAUUAUCGUCAUCACCCAUAAAUCUCAGUGGAGGGAUACCUUUUAAUAAGUUUUCCUCUUCAUCACCUCCUCUAUCCACUCCUCCCCAGUCUAGUUCUGUUGGCAGUGGUGGAGGUGGCGACUCUGGUUUCCUCAACUUUUUCAGAAAGAAAAAGGUUCAACUAGACGGCAAGACGAAAUAUGGAUCUAUAGACUCUGCAACAAACUCUAAUAUGCUUGGUAGUUCGGGUGGAGAUGAUUCAAAUACUCCACGCGAAGUAGAGUCAACCUUUGAUGAUCGUUCAACUGUUUAUAGUGGCAUUGGUGGCGCAAGUGACACGUAUAGCGAAUAUACAGUCGAUGACAAUAUGAGUACAUUUAGCGGUGUUACUAUAUCACCAAUGCAAGACCUUGGAUUUUCUGUAUCGUCGGAUAAAAUUAUGGAAGGUUGGAUGGAACGAGCUAGUUCAAGGUCAUCUUGGAAAAAACAUUGGUUUGUACUUCGUGGUAUUCACUUGGAGUACUACAAGGGUUGGUGGGAGGACAAGUCAUCACUACCACAAGAUAAAUUUAGUAAUGCCAAGGAAAAAGAAUCCUCUGAAAAGGGUAAAAUCACUCUCAACUAUUGGUACACUUUUAGCAAGGUGACAUGUGAGGAUAGUAAAUUUGUUUUCUCAAUUGUUCAAUCAUCAGAGGUUGAAAAGGCAGACAAAAAGAACAAAUUGAAAUUUAGAUGUGAAAAUGAAGAUAUUGCUCGUAAAUGGGUACAAGAAUGUGAAUCGGUAAUUAAAAAAAGAAAAGAAACAACUGUAACAUUAAGACCAUUAAUUGCUGCUGAUCAUAGACAAGCUGGAGGUAGAAGAGGUACAUUACUAGGAAAUACUCCACCAUUUAUUCCACCACUCAACACUGCAAAUUUAGGUGAUCAUUCCGCCCAAGGAGCAGUAACACCAAGAGGAGGAAAUAUAUCACCCAAUUCUAUUGUACCACCUCCUAGUGGGUAUACAUUUGAAGACGAGCAUCGUCCAACAAAUAUUGGGGGAUUUAUUACUAGUAGCGAUCAACUAGUCAUCCCAAAAGAAUUAACAGAAGAUUUAGAGCAAGAUGAAAAAAAGGUAUUGGAAACUGUUAUUUCAUUGUUGGAUGAAUUUAAACCCCAACCACUUCCUGAGGGUGUUUCCAUUUCAGACUAUCGAAACAAACCUCGUUCGCCAGAUGGAAAAUAUCGUAUUCUCAGUUUAGAUGGAGGAGGUCUUAGAUCUGUCAUGGUAUGCGUUCUUAUUGAGCGUAUUGUCAAGAAAUUCCCUAGAUUCUUAGACUAUGUAGAUGUUUUUACAGGUACUAGUGCUGGUUCAAUUGUUGCUGCUGGUCUUGCUAUGCAAUAUCCUCCAAAAGGAACUAGAAGAGUAUUAGAAUUGACAGCAUUACCCGUCUUUGGAAAAAAAAGAGUAGGUCUAAAUAUGGGAAAUGCAAAGUAUGUCAACAGGCUCUUAAGAGCAGCUUGUUAUGUUUUCUUCCAAAAACACUCUGAAUAUCCUCCAAAGGCCAAACAAACUGCCCCAGAAGUGAGAAGAUGGAUGCCACAAUUAUUCCAUAAUAUUUUACCAAAUAGCACAGACCCAAUCAACAACAAGCAACAAUCCAAAAUGCAACAAAAACAACAUUUACAAUCCAACUUGCCAAUCCAAGAUGACUGGAGAACACAAGAAAUAGUUGGUGAUGCGCUAUUAAGAUCUGGUUCGGCACCAACCUUUUUCCCAAGUUACCAAAACUUUAUCGAUGGUGGUGUAUUUUGUAAUAAUCCAGCAAUAGCAGCAAUAAGUCUUGCCUCAAAUCCAUACCGUGACAACAUAGGAAUGGACAAGAUGAUUUGCCUAUCUUUGGGUACUGGUAUCUCUCCACAAGUGAUGGAAGGUGCUGACGGUGAGGAAUUUGAUUAUGGAAUCCUUCAAUGGGCCUCUCGUCUAGGUAAUCUUUUCAUGGGCUCCCAAGUAGAUUUCCUCACACAACUAUGUGAAAACAUGUUGGCUGAAAGAUAUUUUAGACUAAACCCUCUUUUGGGUGAGCAUACCUCUAUGGACGAUCCUAAAUUGGUCAGUGAGUUGGCCACACUUGCCAACCAGGUAGACCUAACAGAAACAUUUGCUUGGAUUGAAAAACAUUGGUUUCCAGUUGCUCCACUAUCUCCUACCGCCACAGCUGCUGCCACAGCUGCUGCCGCCACCAACACAACAACUCCACCCCUUACUAGUGCUGAUGAAUUGAAUCUUUUUGCUCAAUUAACUUCAAACUUUGAUAUUCACCAUUGGACAUUGUUUUGUAUAUUUAUGAGUACAUUACACUAUUUAAAUAGUUUUUGUAGAUGUUCUCCAUACUAA